AGUGAGCCUGCCACCGAGGUUCGUGCCCUUGACACAGUCGCACCUGGACCCUUCAGUCCACGCCCUGCUCUAACCACUCAGUCAAACCUGCUGGGGCUCGCACUGAGCUUUUACUAUUAAGAGUUUUCAGCCUCCCCACAUUUCUGUCUUUUAAUUGUAAUAUUGAAAUCUUAAACUUGCUUUUGGUCAACAAUCAAAUUCUGAAAAGAAGGGGAAAUACGAUCUGAAAAGGCAAAAACUUAAGUGAAUCAAAAUAGCAUGUCUGCUUCCUGGGGGCCAAGCUCCAAGUACAAUGGGACAGAAUUCAGAACCUCCGGGUGGAGCCGAGCAGAGCGGCGAUGUCACAGCCCGCGCGGAAGGCGGAGCGGGCCAUGGCUGGGCCUCCGACGCGAGCUCUUCAGUCUGGGACCGGACUCCACAGGAUGAACCGAUAGCUCCCUCCGCUCCGCACAGGCUCGACCCUCCGGCCUUUCACUCCGUAAGGUCCCGUGUGGUACCACACGAUGGGUUUGACCAAAUAACGGUUUCCUACAGUCUUUAAAUACACGUUUUUUCCUAGUUGGCUGCCAGCCUUACCUGCGGAUGUUUGGCAGUCAUGUUGUCGUUUUAUACGUUUUUUUUUUUAUUGAUUUCUGAGAAGGGAGGGGGGGAGAGAGAGAAACAUCAAUGAGAGAGUCAUCCAUCAGUUGCCCCCUACUGGGGAUUGAGCCCACUUCCCAGGAAUGAUCCCUGACCUGGAGUCAACCAUUGAACUGAUCCAGGAUGACCCUCAGCAGCUGAGCCACACCUGUUGGGCAGCUACCAUAUUGCUUAUUCUUUCUUCCUGGGUCAUAGUUCUCAUGUCAGCGUUCAAUCAGACCAAUUGCUUAUUCCAACCAAAUGGAAUUUGCUGGGAAGAUUUGGGAGGAAAGAUGGCAGAAAGGCCCACUAUCUUCCAAUGACGAGGGCUCCUAGAAUCUCCUUAAGCCAUGAGGCAGCACGGCAAUUGUGAGGACAGUAAAGGCCUUUUUCCAGAAAAUAGCACAAGCGGGGUUGCUUGUGCUGAACUGGGAAGCAUGGCAUUUCGGAAGGAGCCGUGUCCUUAGUUCUGUUCUCAGAACAAUUUAAGUUUGACGAGCAGCAAGGGGCAGUCCUGACUCUCAGCGAGGGCAUGUCAGGAGACCAGGUCUUGGGAGUAAAACUGUGUGCGGCCUGUUUGUUACUCACCGCCAGCUGCACGUUACUGCCUGCGAGAGGGAGAAAGCCCUUCCCUCCGUCCGUCCGUUUCCUUCCUCUGCCUUUGCAUUUCAGCCCCUUUUCCUCCGUGAGCAAACCCUCUAUCCCGCGUGGCCGGGCGGCUGGGCCCCUCGGCCGCCCUGGGAGACCCGUCCGUGUUCUGCGGGCAGGAGGCUCUGUGGCGGGGCUCGCUCCUUCCCGGGCUGAGGGCAGGGAGCCACGGUCCCACCUGCACUGCUCUGCCCAGGCGCCUGUAAGAUGCUUGACAUCAAGAUUAUGACGGCCAUCGGGGUUGGCUUGCUGAUCGCCAUAGUCCUGCUGAUGUUCUGUGUCACCAGCCUCCUCUUCAAACUGACCGGCAUGUUGAAAGCUCCGAAGCUUCCGGUGUGUCUGGUCUUAAAAAGUUACCCAUCCCUGGUCACCAGGGACAAGAUCACGGCGGCCACAUCCCUCACGGCCAGCUGCCUCCCCGACCUCCAGAUCCUCGACCAGUGCCAGCUGUGCGCCGACUCCAAGCCCCUGCCGCCCGGCUUCUGCGACGUGACCGAGGGGCUCUGACACGGCGCACGGCGCCCGCGGAGUGCCUUUUGUUUACUUCCAGAUGUUUUAUCCCAGAUGUUUAUCGUGUUCCCCUUGUAUGUGCCUCCGGACGUUCGUGUGCUUUUGAAUAAAAGCAGAAUUGAAA